AUGCUGCGAACCGUUGCGCGCCAUCACCAUCAUCGCAUACUGAGGACCGCAAGAGCCGCAACGACUGCUCUCACCACAAGCACCGCUACAAGACCUACCACAGUCGCCGCCGCCGCCGCCGCCAUGCCCUCCGAGGUCGCCAACGCGUCGCCCUUUUUCGGCGCCGUCGGCAGCUUCUCGACCAUGCCCAUGCCGCCGUCCUUUGCGGCCGGCACGGACAAGAACGCCGCCACCGAGGCGCUCCGGCCGCUCGUCACACCCGAGGCCGGCGGCCGGUGGACGCUGACGGCGGAUGGCUACGGUAUUGAGCGCAGCUUCAAAUUUGCCACCUUUAAUAAGACCUGGGAGUUUAUGAAUGCCGUCGCUGCAGAGGCCAAGAAGAACAAGCAUCACCCGGAGUGGUCCAAUGUAUACAACACCACAUUCAUCCGCUGGACGACGCACAGCCCCAAGGGUUUGUCGAUCCAGGAUCUGGACAUGGCCGUUACCUGCGACUUUCUGGCCCAGCACUUUGGCGAGGUCGAGGCUGACCAGACGAGCUGUGGCCUCGGCAGCCUGGCUGACACGGCUGCUGCUUCGACUGGAGACUGCUGCGCACCCAAAAAGUAA